AUGGAGAUCCAAUUCAGCUGUGAAUCUCAAGAACACCACAUUCUGUCAGGUGAGGAGCAGUGCAUUGCAUUUUAUUUCCGUGACACCAGUAUUCUCCACCUCUACACCUUCUCUGAUGGUGAGACACAGCUCAAGGUUGGAGAGCCGGCUUCAGAGGAUGAAGUGACAGGAAUCAUUGAAACAUUGACUGAAGAAUGGAGCAGCCUCACAGAGGGUGUUCUCCAGAAUUCCAAAGGCAACGAAUUCUGUGAAUUGGAGGAUGAACUGAAUCACCAGAACCUCUUAAAAAGAAGACAGUAUGUCUGUGAUGAAUGUGGCCAAAGCUUUGCUUGGAAUACAGGUCUUAUUAGGCACCAAAGAACUCACUGGGAGAAGCCUUAUGAAUGUGAUGAGUGCGGAAAAGCCUUUCGUGUGAGCUCAGCCCUAGUUCUGCACCAGAGAAUCCAUACUGGAGAGAAACCCUAUCCUUGUAACUGGUGUAUUAAAAGCUUCAGUCGGAGCUCAGACCUUAUUAAACAUCAAAGAGUCCACACGGGUGAAAAACCCUACAAAUGUGAUGUUUGUGGGAAAGCCUUCAGCCAGAGCUCGGAUCUUAUUAUUCACCAGAGAAUCCACACAGGCGAAAAACCCUAUCAGUGCAGUCACUGUAGGAAAAGUUUCAGCCAGCGCUCAGACAUGGUUAAACAUCAGAGAAUCCACACCGGGGAGAAGCCCUAUAUGUGUAACCAGUGUAACAAACAUUUCAGUCAGAGCUCUGAUCUUAUAAAACAUCAAAGAAUCCACACUGGGGAGAAACCGUAUAAGUGUGAUGUUUGUGGGAAAGCCUUCAGACAGAGCUCAGAUCUCAUUCUGCAUCAGAGAAUCCACACUGGGGAGAAGCCAUAUCCAUGUGCUCAGUGUAACAAAAGCUUUAGUCAGAAUUCAGACCUUAUUAAACACAGAAGGGUUCACACUGGAGAGAAGCCGUACAAAUGCAGUGAGUGCGGGAAGGCCUUUAACCAGAGCUCAGUCCUUAUUCUGCAUCAAAGAAUUCAUACUGGAGAGAAACCCUAUCCAUGUAAUCACUGUGUCAAAACCUUCAGUAGGCUUUCAGAUCUUAUUAAUCAUCAGCGAAUUCACACUGGAGAGAAGCCUUUCCCAUGUAGUCAGUGCAGCAAAAUGUUUAGUAGAAGGUCAGAUCUUGUUAAACAUUAUAGAAUCCAUACUGGUGAGAAGCCCUAUGAAUGUGAUGAAUGUGGUAAAACCUUUAGUCAGAGUUCCAACCUUAUUCUCCACCAGAGAAUUCACACUGGAGAGAAACCCUAUCCUUGCAGCGGGUGUUCUAAAAGUUUUAGUCGCCGUUCAGAUCUCAUAAAACAUCAAAGAAUACAUACUGGAGAAAAACCAUAUAUGUGCAAUCUGUGCAAUAAAAGUUUUAGUCAAAGUUCAGACCUCACUAAGCAUCAGAGAAUACAUUCCGGUGAAAAGCCCUACCACUGUGACAGUUGUGACAAAGCCUUUAGUCAGAGUUCUGAUCUUAUCCUUCACCAUAGAGUCCACACGGGAGAAAAACCAUAUGCAUGCUCACAGUGCCCCAGAAGUUUCAGUCAGAAUUCAGACCUUAUUAAACACCAGAGAGUCCACACCGGAGAGAAACCAUACAAGUGUAACGUGUGUGGGAAGGCUUUCAGUCAGUGCUCAGCUCUUACCCUUCAUCAGAGAAUGCACACUGGAGAAAACCCAUACUCAUGUGCUCAAUGUGCCAAAAGCUUUAGUAGGCACUCUGAUCUCACUAACCACCAGAGAAUCCACAUUGGUGAAAAACUACAAAUAUGAUAGCUGUGGGAAACCCUUCAUCACUGUGACCAAUCUUACUGAACAUCAGGGGAUGCUCAUAGAAGAGAAGCUCUACCCUCAGGUUCAGGGUAGCAGACAUUUUAACAAACAUGACCUUGGUGACUUUAAGAAAACCCAUUCUAGCCAGGUGGAAAUGGUGCAUGCCUUUAAUCUCAGCACUCGAAAGGCAAAGGCAGAUGGAUCUCUGACUUUGAGGCUAGCCUGGUCUACAGAGUGAGCUUCAGGACAGCAAGGGCUACAUAGAGAAACCCUGCUUCAGGGGAGGAAAAGAAGGAAGGAAGGAAAGAAGGAAGGAAGGAAGGAAGGAAAGGAAAGGAAAG